CGUCGCCAUCGCCAGCCUGGGCUCACCUUACAUAGCCGCAAAAUUCAAAUUUGAACUUCAGUCAAGUGUCAAAGCUCAAAGGAUUAACAUGUCCUUGCGGCUGCAGCAUGAGAACUGGUAGCCACAAGCCAGUAGUGCAGAGACCAGAGAUAGAACAAAUUAUUCAUCCAUCCUGUGGCCAAAAGGGAACACAGACACAUCAUUCGAAACGAAAGAUCCUGCAGAGUGCCAAUUAACGAGAGAGCGUUUUUUUUGAAAAGAAAUACCUGCACGGGAAGGAGCGAACAAACAUGGCACCGCAGCAACAAAACUCGACAUUCAUCGAUGAUAAUCUGGACAGCUGUCCAUCGCUACUGAAUCUCCCCGAAAGCCCCAUACUGCCCACCAGGCGAUGUCAAAAUCAAGGCACCAACAACCAUAAGCAGCACCAUAAUAAGCAGGUUGCAUUUGAGGAACGUUUGGUGGACGCAGCACUGCCACUAGCACCACCCGUGAUGCCACCACCAACAUGCAAAAAUAAACACAGCAAGGGAAGCGGAAACGGUGGCCCGGCCAGUCGACGCCAUCGUUCCAUUUCCCUCUAUGGCGUUAAUAGCACUGUGGAGCAAGGCCAUAAGGAAAUCCCCAUUUGGAUGGACGAUGGCGAGCCGCGAUACGUAUCGGGUGUUACCAACAAAACCACAUGCAAUGACAUAAUCAAGGCCCUGAUUGAUGACGAGCUGAGCAACGUUGUUGGCACUGGGCAACACUGCAGCAGUGAUGAUGCCAAAGAUGGCGGCCAGAGGGCAACAGCUACUACAAAGGAAACGGCGGCGGCGGUGGCAGCGACAUCGACGGCAGCAGCAUCGCGUGACUACAGCGAUUACAUUAUAACGGAAAGUUGGGGCGGCAUAGAGCGAAGCUACGACGGCAACAUGGCCAUUUUGCCCGUUUGGCGCGCUUGGAGCCGUGUACACAAUGAGCUGCGCCUGUCGCUCAAGCAUCGAGACAACUUCAGGGAUCCCAUGACGCUGCAGUUGAUGCCACAUGCUCCGCCAAGUGGCAGCUUUUCGAUGAUCAAGUGGCUAAAGAAGCUCCUGCAUCUGAGCAAAAGCAAAAAGAAUAUGCCAAAGCCCACAAAUACUCCUCCCAAAGUGCCCAACAAGACAAAGGAUAGAUGUCUGCUCAACAAAAAAGGCAAAAGACAAGCGGCGGCCGAUGAGCUGCUUCUGGCCAUCAUGCCGGAUCAAUUGUACAGUGCCACGGGAAACUGUUCGAAGGGCAAGCUUUAUAAACUCGCUGAAAAUCGGGUCGCCAAGCAGCGCCGUCGUCGACGACCGACUCUGGCCACAGCAACAGAAACAGCAGCCGCGGCAGCGAAUCCUCCAAACGAAUUCAAUAAUAACGUGAACUAUAAUUAUAUACGCAGGCGCAAGGAUCGACCGUUGCGCAACAGUGUUCGCAAUAAGUUGGCAUCCCUGCACGCUGACAUGAACGUUCGCUACGAAAGGGAGUACGCGCUGACACGUCAACUGUCUGAGAAGUGCCGGAUGUAUAGGAUUCAGAACGAACGCUAUAGGCGGCCGGAAAUGGAGGUCUCCGUGGGACAGCUGCAGCAAAACAUCGAAGCCUAUGCCGAGGACAUAAUCAAAACGGAGCACGAGCUACUCGACCUGAAGAACGAAAUGAGACACGACAUAUCCCUGAUCAAUAACCUUAAGCGAAUGACUCUCGAGGAGACGGCAGCCGAAUAUUGCUGCGGUGUGGGCGUGGCAGCAUCGAAAGAAGAACAACAACAGAAACGAGAAACACCUCAUGUUGCUAAAAAUGCAAACGAAAUGCAAUUUGUUGAUAAUAUUUAUGAGUUUUGCGACAAUAAUGCAAGCAUGUUGGUUUAAUUAUACAUUUACGUAUGUACAUACAUAUUUAGUUCGAUCUUGUUAAGUUUUCUACCAAAUAAAAUUAUAUUAUAUUUACAACUAUCAUUUUUAAAUACAAUUUUUGCAUGGGAAAAUUUAAAUUUAAUUUCAAAGUUCCAGUUCAAAUUUCCGUUUUCUUCGAGCGAUAUCUACCGUGGUGUGAGAUUUCCGAGUGGGUACUUUAUAUAAUUUUGUAAAUAUUUUU